AUGAAUAGCAUUAAUAAUAAUAACAAUAAAAACAACAGCAGUAAUAAUAAUAAUAAUAAUAACAAUGGGGACAAUAGUAAUAAAUGCAGUAAAAAAUUUGGAUUAAUAUGGGAAAAUAAAAUUUUAAGAAAUAAAAUAAUUUUUUUUCGUGAUUUAAAUAAUGACUGGAGAAAAAAAAAUAUAAAUUUUAUACUAGAACAACAAUUUCAAAAACAAGAAUACUAUAGUAAUUGUAGCAUAGAGCAACAGGAGCAACAAUUCUACUAUUCAAUAGAAUCAGCAGUCCAGUUUGUCAAAGAAACACCAAGUUGCAAAAAUAUAGUAUUAAAUUAUAUCUACAGUAAAGAAAAGUUAAUUAAAUUUAUGAAAUUAUUGGGUACAAGUAAUGGGUUGGGGGGCAGUACAGAAAAUAGCUUUAUAAAUGCAAUUGGGAAUAGUAUAUAUAGCAUUUGGUUUAGAAAUGAUGCUAUAUCAAUUCACAUCAACGAGUUAGAACUGCCACUGUCAGUUAGGGAGUUAAACCUUGAGGGAUUGGAAAUUAGGACACUAGAUUUAUCACCAAGUUCAAUAUUUACAAAAUUAUUUGGUAGUAGUAAUAGAUUAGUAGAGAUAUUUAGUAGCCCAUUUUAUAAUAUUGUAUCAUUGGAUUUGGGUCAAUUUAAUGAGCCUCUGUUAUCCGGUAAACACUUAUCAAAUGCUGUGUUUUUACAAUAUUUGGCUCUCAAUUGUCAAUUUAAAUGUCCAAUUUCAAAAGGAAUGUUACCAGGGCAAAAUUUAAAAGUCUUAUCAAUCCAAAGCAAUUAUAGAUUUACAACCAUUUAUUUGCCAAAGUCUCUUAAAGAGUUGGAGUUUAAAGGAAGGAGCUAUAAUCAAAUUAUGUUCGAACCAGAUAUUUUAGAUUGCAUCCCAAAGUCUGUCGAGUCAAUCAGAAUGAUAUAUUGCUUAUCUUAUUAUCAGUUCUUUUUCAAAAAAAAUCUUGUAAAUUCAUUAAAGAAAAUAACCAUAAACAACCCAACUAUAAAAGAAAAAAAUAGUUUGCGAACAUUGUUAAUACAUUUCGACUGUAAUAUUAGCUCAUCGAUAGAUAUUAAAAAAAGAAGACCCCCAACACUUACUACACUAGCUAUGACAUGUACAGCAGGCCCACUCCAAGUCAUUAGUAUCAGUUUAUUGCCACCAUCUUUAACAGUUUUAAAACUUCCCUACAAUUUAUUAUUAUCAACAGAUUCAGCAAGCGGUACAAAAGGUUUCCCAGGAUCCAUUACAGAUUUUGAAGGUACACUCUCGCAUUUAUCAAGUAAUUUUGAAAAGCCACAAAAUAUCGAAUCGUUAUCUAUAAUAAUAACAAAAGUUUACACCAGAAAUAAUAAUGAUAGAUUAAAUUUAUAUGAGGAAGAAGAUACUAAUGAAAAUCAAUAUAUUAAUAUAUACGAAAACAAUCAACUAUUUCAUAGAUUUACAAAUUUAAAAUCACUCAUACUCAAAAUUGAAGAAACUAAUUUAAUUUCAGAAAUACCUACCCCAAUCGAAAAUUUAGAAAUUGGAAAAUUUGGGUCAAAUAGAUUAAUAAAAACAACCAGUGAACUUAACAACUCAUCUUUUCAGAAAUUAUUUGAUUUUAAUUUAAAACAUUUAUCAAAUUUAAAAUCAUUAAAAUUAGAUGACUAUUUUUCACAAUUAUUUUUAGACUCUAUUAAUAGCAUACCGUCACAGUUGUCAUCAUGCACACAAGAAGCAUCGUCACCUUUUCCAGCAUCAUUACUGUUAUUAGAAAUUAACUUUAAUUUAGCAAGCUCUAGAGACCUAGGUUGGUUUUUUACAUCAGAUAUUUUAUCUUCAAUCCAAGUUAUAAUCAUCAAAGGUAAACAUAAUCCAGAAAUUAGAUCACUGCCAAAAUCAAUCGAGUAUUUAUUUAUUCAAGAUAUAAACCCAAUAUUAAAUGAUAGAGUGUUUAUGAAGAAAUACUCUUCAAUAGUUAGGGAUUUUAAUAUAGUGGAUCAACAUUUACUAUACAAUAAAUUAAAAGAACAAAUAAACAAUUAUUUUAAUUAA